GGCGCGCACAAGCUGUGAGGCGCACGUGGCUGGGCAGGGGCCCCGGUCCGGCUGGCUCCACCUGAGACAAGAGUUGAAACUCUGAGAAGAAAAAAUGUCUCAAAAGCAGAUGAAAGAAGCUUUUGUCAGUAAUCUCAAUGGAACUAGUGUGCUGGAAAUCACGCAGGGCUUGUGUUUACCUGCAUUCUGUAUCCUGUGCAGAGGACUCCUGAUCAUUUCCUUAGAGCACUUGUGUUCUUUUUCACAUACCUGGAGAGCUCGAUUCUUCGUUGACUUUGUUGUCCUAGUAGUUCCCCUUGUGACUGCUUUGACCAUUUUGUCUUCAUUUGUCUUCCUUGAGCUUCUCAUUGUAAUUAUCUGUGGGGCAUGGCUGUUCUAUCAAAUAUACCAAAGGAGGACUUGCUAUGCUAGAGCGCCUGUCCAGAAAAUCCUUGAAAAAUUCUUGCAAAUCAGUCUAGAAUCGGAAUACAAUCCAACCAUCUCCUAUUACCGUGUAUCUAACAGUGUAUUUGUCGCUGUUGCCAUUUUGGCUGUGGACUUCCCACUUUUUCCCAGAAGACUUGCUAAAACUGAGCUCUAUGGGACAGGAGCAAUGGAUUUUGGAGUAGGUGGCCUCAUUUUUGGGACUGCAAUGGUUUGUCCAGAGGUCAGGAGAAAAUAUAUGGAGGGAUCUGGAUUUUAUUAUCUUUUAAAAUCACUGUACUCUGUUUGGCCAUUAAUUGUCCUAGGUAUAGGACGAUUAGUUACUAUAAAAUCCAUAGGCUAUCAAGAACAUUUAACUGAGUAUGGAGUACACUGGAACUUUUUCUUUACCUUAAUUGUUGUGAAACUGGUAACAACAGUGCUUUUGCUUGUUUUCCCCUUAAAUAAAUCCUGGAUCGUGGCCAUCAGCAUUACUGUGUUAUACCAGCUAACCCUUAACUUAACCCCACUGAAGCAGUUGAUUUUGUAUGGCACAGAUGGUAGUGACACAAGGGUUGGUUUAUUAAAUGCUAACCGAGAAGGAAUAAUCUCUACUUUGGGGUAUGUGGCAAUUCACAUGGCUGGUGUGCAAACAGGAUUGUAUGUGUUUAGGAACAGAACACAUAUCAAAGACUGGAUAAAAGUAGGAUGCUGUCUUCUACUAGUAAGUAUUAGCCUCUUCAUCUCUCUCUACAUAGUUCAAGUAAAUGUAGAAGCAGUAUCUCGAAGAAUGGCCAAUUUAGCCUUUUGUAUGUGGAUAGUUGCUUCUAGCCUCAUCUUUCUUAGUUGUUUAUUACUGACUGAUAUAAUUUUGAGUUUUGCCAAAUUUCUGAUUAAAGGUGCUAUAGUACCAUGUUCUUGGAAACUUAUCCAGUCACCUGCUACAAAUAAAAAGCGUUCUGAAUUUCUAGUCCCCAGAGCUGAAAGAAAGGAACCCAGUCCUUGUUUAAUCACAGCUCUAAACAGAAAUCAGCUAAUAUUUUUCUUGCUGUCAAAUAUAACAACUGGCCUGAUCAACCUAACGAUAGAUACAUUACACAGCAGUACUUUGUGGGCAUUAUUUGUGCUCAAUGUCUAUAUGUUUACCAAUUGUUUAAUUAUAUAUAUACUUUAUUUGCAAGGUAAAACUAUGAAGUUUUGGUGAUAAUAGAGGUAGGACCUAUUUAUCUUUGAGAUCAUAUUAAUGGGGAACAAUAAAUGUGAAAAAAAAUGUGCUUUUGGAAACCCAAUCUUUAUUCUGUUAUAAAACUAAAGUUCCAGUCAGGUGUGGUGGCACAUGCCUGUAAUCCUAACACUUAGUAGGCUGAGGCAGGAGGAUUGCCAUUUGAGGCCAGCCUGGGCUACAUGGUGAGUUUUGUUGUGUUUUUUUUGGUACUGGGGAUUGAACUCUGGUCCUUGCACUUGCGAGGCAGGCGGUGGAA